AUGACUACAACAACUACCACUACUGUCAUAUGCACCCCAGAGGAGCCAUGCACCCUGAUCCCGAUCAACCUGCACAACUCCGCCGAGUUCGCCGAGCUGAAGCAACAGCGCAGAAAAUGCGGCUGGGACUACGAAGACGCCAACCUCAUCGCCUGGCGAGACAAACAAGACGCGCACCUCAAAUCCUUCUUCUGGAUCACCGUCCCUGCCCAGUCCACUGACGCCGAUGCGCCUCGCAUCCGCGCCGGCCACAUCUCUCUCGACUCCUACGCUAGUCCCCCAGACCCCGAGCUCGCCACGGCCGAUCGCUCCACCCUCACCAUCCAGACCUUCUUCAUCGACCCCUCCCACCGGGGUGGUCUCGGGCGCAAAGCAAUGGACAUAGUCGAAGCGAUGGCGAGCCAGGAACCGUAUGGCAGCCCGGAGUGUAAAUAUCUCACCCUGAACGCGCUCAGCAAGCGGUAUUUCUACGAGGAGAGCCAUUUCUGGGACAAGCUGGACCGAGUGCGGCCCGCCGUUUGUACGGCGGAGUGGUAUGAGAGACGGGGAUAUAUGUACUGGAAGUCUGAGCCGAGGUAUCACGAGCCCCUGCUGGACGGGAAUGAUGCAAUCAUCUGGGCGGACUUUUUGAGAAAGCCCUUGCGGAGGUAG